AUGGCUGCCUCACUCACGGUGUCAGGUAAUUCGGUCUCCCUCCCGCAGUUGGCCGAUUUCUUGCAAGCACAAGAGUUCAUCUAUUCUGAUGAACUCCUGACGGCUAUCGGCGGCGCCUCCAGUGGCUCUCCAACGGCGCUGUACACCGGCCGGGGCAGGAACCAGACGGGCAAAGGCUCCACUGGCUGGCGUCACGGCUUCAAUGGCCAGGGACGUAACCGCGGUAAUCGUGGAGGACAAGGUCGCGGGGGACUUAGUGUUCGCGGUGGUGGACAACCGAGGUGUCAGACUUGUCGAUCACAUGGUCACUCUGCGAUCUACUACUUCAAACGCUACACCACGCAGCCACCGGCGCAAGCCAAUCUAGCCGUCCCUGGCGACGAUGCGGCGUUAACAGUGGCCGGUUCUUGGUUCCCGGAUACGGGGGCGUCGGCUCAUGCAACACCGGACGCCUCCAUGAUGUCGCAAUCGGAGAAAUACAACGACGAGGAUGUCCUACGCGUCGGUAAUGGCACAUGUUUGGUUAUUUCACGCGUUGGGUCUGCAUCUAUUCCUUCCGUGUCAAAACCCUUAAAAUUGUCAAAUGUGUUACAUGUACCUAAUUUGUCAGUUCCUUUAUUAUCUGUUCAAAGAUUUACUAACGAAAACAACGUUUUCUUUGAAUUUCAUAGAAACUAUUUCGUUGUGAAGGAUUCAAUCACUCGGGCAAUUCUGCUUAAAGGGUCGGGCCCACUUCAGGUGGAUUAUACAGACUUCCGAAGUCUCAGUCGCAUUUUGCACCUCUUAGUUCCCGUAUCACUCCCAUGA